CUUCCUGCUGUGCCUUUUGUCUUGCUUUCCCCGCUGGGCCAAAUCUUAGCGUUUGCUUGGUCGCUUCUGCUCGCUUUUAUAUGCCUCUUCCCGGCUCACAGCACCCUGCAUGAUUUUUCCAGCCUUGGCUCUGUCGUUUCUUCCGGUCUUGCAUCCUAUAAACAUUCUCUCGUUCCCUCUACGUUCCCUCUUGGACCUGGUCAAACAUUCGUUCCCUUGCAUCACCACCACACUCAUCACCACAACUCAUCACUAUCACCACUAUCACCACCGCCAUACCACCACACCACCUACCACUAGACAACUUACCAACUGACUCCAUCCAUCAUCACCUUCUCUUUCUGAAUCAUCGCCCUAUCUACA